AUGGACAGUUCGUCCAUUAUUACGCAAGUUACUCGAGAUGACGAGCUCCAUAACACAUUCCCCGCCUCGGAAAAAGGUUUGGCAGCUGUCACCACCACCCCAGUUGCCAAGAAACCCAGGAGUCGUGGCCUGUUCAGCUCCAUCCUCUGCUGCUUCCGCAACAGCAACACCAGCAACAACAACAACAACAAUGCUUCCAGCAACUGCCAGCCACAGCUGCCUGAGGAGAAUGGCAAUCCUAGGACAUCAGAGAAAUAUCUCCUGCCAACGGCGCGGCUUCAAGACCUGAACCGGAAGUGUGUAGUUAUAGACCUAGACGAGACACUUGUACAUAGUUCUUUUAAGCCUAUCAGUAAUGCUGAUUUUAUUGUUCCUGUGGAAAUUGAUGGCACAGUACACCAGGUUUAUGUGUUGAAGCGGCCGCAUGUGGACGAAUUCUUGCAGCGAAUGGGAGAGCUUUUUGAAUGUGUGCUGUUCACAGCAAGCCUUGCCAAGUAUGCAGAUCCUGUGGCAGAUUUGCUAGACAGGUGGAAUGUGUUCCGUUGCCGUCUUUUCAGGGAAUCUUGUGUCUUUCAUAGGGGAAAUUAUGUUAAAGACCUCAGUCGGCUCGGCCGAGAUUUGAACCAGGUUGUUAUUAUAGACAAUUCGCCUGCAUCGUAUAUCUUCCAUCCAGAAAAUGCUGUGGCGGUGAGCUCUUGGUUUGAUGAGAUGAAUGACUCAGAACUCCUCGACCUGAUCCCGUUCUUUGAGCGGCUGGCACAUGCGGACAAUGUGUACACAACAUUAAAGACAAUGUCGGAAUCGCCUUCUUCCACAACCCCAUCAUCUUAG